AUUACGGUAUCAGUAUCAGUUACCAGAUGUUGUUCCUUCUCGCACUAAUGCUGAGCUCACAGGGAUUGGCAGCUGUUGUUGGAGCGCCUACUAUGUUUACAAAGAAUCUUAUAGGGAACGAAGUGCAAAUAUACGACUUUCCCUUUACAACACGAGCACAGUGGCAAGCGCGACCAGCUAAGGAAAAGUUACCAUUAUCUAUGCCUGUGCCAUUCGUAGUGAUCCAUCACUCGAAUAUACCACCAGUGUGCCGUGAUAACAGACAAUGCUGUCAAUCUAUGAGGGUAAUGCAGAACUUCCACAUGGAUGACAGACAUUGGUGGGACAUUGGAUACAAUUUUGCCGUAGGCGGAGACGGUGUGGCGUAUGAGGGUAGAGGAUGGGAUGUCUUGGGUGCACAUGCUCUGCAUUUCAACAACGUUAGCAUUGGAAUAUGUCUGAUUGGAGAUUGGUCAAAUUCAAUUCCACCGACUCAACAAUUAAAAACAGCACAAGCGUUGAUCGCAGCUGGAGUGGAAAUGGGUUACAUUAAAAACGACUACAAGUUAGUUGGGCACAGGCAAGUUAGAGACACUGAUUGCCCUGGAAAUGCUUUGUUCGAAGAAAUCCAGAACUGGAAUCAUUACUCACCAUUCCCAUCUUCCGAGAACGAUUUAAUGAAGGUAUUUGAACAGUCAGGAUCUAGAUAACAAGGAACUAUAUAUUCUAAUUUUUUCUUUUCAUUUUGUCUUGUUUUUAUUCAUUCAUUUUUUUUAAUAUAUUAUCUUUUAGCCAUAUCAAAGACGUGUAAUACUCA